AUGCCACCCAAUCGGCGAGCAUGUGAUCGCUGCCAUAACCAGAAGCUGCGUUGUCCCCGUCACAAUAGCAACGAUAAUGAGAGCUGCAUGCGAUGCCUUGAAAUUGGAGCUUCUUGUGUAUAUAGCGCUCCAAAACCGACGGGAAGGCCGAGUUCUAAGCAUUAUUCUAGGGCUCAUAUAUCCAGGGACAGAGCUCAACGCGACAGCAGCAGCAGCAGCAAUAGUACAGCCGCCAGCGGUUCCUCCCGGAUAACUGCCACCACACAGCCGAGUUCAAUGGACAAACCUAUCGUGGAAGAUGCCGCUGUGCCGCUUCCGCCGUUACCAGCCCUGCAUGCGCCAAUGAUGGCAGCAGCAGCAGCAAAUUUGGCUCCGGAUUUCUCAUCCCCAAUGGUUACUGUGGCUGAUUUGACCCUAACUGGUGCUGACGAUAGUCACGAAUGGACUUCCUUUCUUGGUUAUGAUCUUCAUCAGGUUAAUGUUUCUAACAAUCGCGAGUUCGAAUCGUUUCCUGUUGAUGUAGACAACUUCAUCGCGGACGGGCUUCUCGUCGAUAAUAACAGUUAUGCUCACGACACAGGUAUAUCAGAGGCUAGGAUAGGAUCCACGAGCACUACUAGCCGCCUACCGCGUCUGUGGCCCAGACGAGCCGACCAAACAGAAGUUCUCAACCGGCGGCUAUCAGAUCUGAAUACACGGCUUUAUCCUGUAUACAAGACAAGCUGCCUGUACGUAGAUGCUCAAAAGGAAUUCCCCGAUGCUCUGAUCCUAAACGCCACCUUUGAUGCUGCAAGCAAUUUUCUUGCAAGUGACACUUCUGUUCGGCGCUCCGAGAAUGAGCAACAGCCAGAGCGGGGAUGCAAGGCUGUGAUUGAGACUUUUCAGACCAGUGCCGAUUUACUUGAUGUUCUACACCAGUACCUAACAUCAUUCGGCGAAUCAAAGCAGUCGCUGCGCAAUUUAUCAGAAUCAUCAGUUGAAACAGUGACGCUCCCGGCCCAGUCACUAACGACGGAGUUAACACCUGUGACCAGUGCUGAUAAUUCUGACAAAAUCAAUUCCGUCUUUGACAAGGCCGGCUUCGAUAGUGUUACCCCUCAUCUAUGCAUUGCGUGUUAUAUCCGUCUAUUGCAUAUCUACCAGAGACUAAUUGAGGCGUUGCGCAAUGACGCUACUUCUUGCAAGGAGAAUCGGUUCCCCUCCGAGACAUUCAAGAUGGAGUUACGCUUGGUCCUCGUUGUUGGACUGAUCGUCAGUCUUCUUGAUCGCCUAAGAACGUCUAUAGCCGCGUAUUUAUCUAUAUUGGACGACCAGGUGGAGCUGCCGGAGUUGACCGGGAACGAUCUGGGAACAGGAACUGCGGUUCUUGAAGCUCGCGUUCAGGCUGAGAUACAACAGUUGCAGGCUACGCUUCGUAUUUCCUCUCAAUAG